AUGAACCGUCAAGGUAAGCAGCCUUUCUUUCUUGAGACUAUUUUGUUUAGCGCAUCGAACGGUAAGCGUCCAGCAGUAUUGAUUUACCCAGCCUUUUGGGGUCCAAGCGAUCAUGAGAAACAAGUCGCGAAUGAACUGGCUAGCGUGAGCGUCGUCUUCCAAGUUAUAGAUUUUUUCCAAUCGCAAAUGAACGUUGUGGUAUUUCUUUCAGCUAGGCUACAUCGCCUUCGUUGCUGACGUCUUUGGAAAAGGAGUUCGUCCAAAAACACGGCAAGAUGCCUUCAAGAACUUGGGGCAGUACUUUCAAAACAGAGAAGGACUGCUUCGACCAAGAAUUAUGGCUGCGUACAACUACAUAAAAGCGGUGCCUAAUGUCGAUACUGACAAGGUAAAUAGAAAUUCACAGGGGAAGUAGCGCAACAGAAUUUGUUGUACUUCUCUUGUAAAAGAAAUUUCCUUCUUCCUUGCAGAUCGCUGCGAUUGGCUACUGCUUUGGCGGUGGUUGUGUGCUGGAUCUGGCCCGAAACAAUGUGAAGCUCGCCGCCGGCGUCAGCUUCCACGGUGUUUUGUUGCCCAUAAAGGAGGAGGACUUCUCCAAACUCCCGCCCAUCACCACGCCGCUGCUGAUUUGUCAUGGCGAUGCGGACGCGGAGGUUAACCCGAGUGUUCCCGCCUUCAUGAAAGAGAUGAGAGAGAGGAAAGCGGACUUUCAGUUCGUCAGCUACGCAAAGGCGCUGCAUGGAUUUACCAUGCAGAAAGAGCCGGCGGGCCCGGCUAAUGUUGGGUAUGAUGCGAAGGCUGAUCGAAGGUCGAAGGCGGCAAUGCUCGACUUGUUCCGUGAGACGAUUGGAAUUCCAAAUAUGGGCAACACAGUGUCCAGAAGAAGAAGAGUGAUUCGGCGUCAAAAUAUGUAG